ACAUUGCAUUGAAUGCAGACAUCCUCAUGCCUUUCGGCUUGGCACACUAAAUAAAGCAAAUGGAACCUUUGGUACGCAAUAUACUGUAUAGGCUAAUCUGUGUGUGCUUUAUAAUGCAGAGCCCUGCACACUACUACAUUGCUAAUCUGAAACGCGCAGUUGCAGAAAGGAGAGCGGUUGCCAAGGCAGCCACCAACCUCCCCUCCCCCCUUUCUCUCCAUUCCUCUUUCCCAUUUAUUAUCAGUAGAGGUCGCAUGGCAUAUGGUGAAGAACAGUCCAACCACUUCUCUGUCCUCGAACCAUUGCCUGGAAUCAAUGCAUGAAUAUGCACCUCCGUCACAAAGCCUGUGGAGUAUGAGAACAACGGGAAAAAACAAACAUAUUCAGAGGGCUCAUCUUAUGCUUUUUUAAAUAAACCAAGGGGGAACAUUUUAUUUCAUUUGUUCUGGAGUAUGCCUAACUUAAUAGUAUAACUAAUCUGCAUAUGUGCUGUUAUUUUUGUUCUACCGUUAAGUGAUAACUGUUUUGGUUCUCCAAAGCGGACGCGCUCUAGUAAGCGAAAAAAAGGACUGUUCAUCACUAGGACGCGAGUUGGUGCAGAAGUUCGACCGCAAACGGAUGUGAGGGAAGAGUGCACAGAGUGCACAGAAAACUCAACCCCUUUUUAUUUCUUUACUUCUUUCUUAUUUUGUUUGGCUAAGCAAUAGAGUGAGUCAAAGACACUGAAACGGAUUUCAUGCCGUCAGUCUCGCAGAACCUGAUAUGGACGUGAGAUUUUAUCCUGCGCACCCGUCAAGUGUGGGUUCUGAUCCAAGUUGUCUAAGCUCGUUGGACUUUUACCACGCGAACAAGUUAAUGUCACCUCUCCCGGCUAUUACUGACAGCUUCUAUGACACCUACCACCUAUUGACAGUAAUAAGCAUCCUCAACCACUGAGAACUGACCGACACCGGAAGUUUGGACAGGCCCGGUACGGUGUGGGUGAACGAGGAAUUCGGCUCCUCCACGGUACCCCACCCCCAGGCUCCAACCCAGCUGGGAAAAGACUGCCCACUGCUGGGUUUGAUGGUGACAACAUGUACAUGAAUGACAAUAACCAGGAGUUUCGGUCACCAAGCCAGAACUACUCCAGUCAAGGCCGAGGAAACAACAGCGGAGGAGGAGGGGAUGAAGACUACGAGAUCCCCCCCAUCACACCCCCCAACCACGCUGACCCCUCUCUGCUUCACCUCAUGGACCCCGAGUCGGGCUACACCUUCCACUCACUGCCCCACAAUGGCCUGCUCAACCCCUAUUCCUACCCAGAGCUGCCUGCUGCCCUCAUGAUGUCCAAUAUGCUGGGCCAGGAUAGCCAUCUUCUCUCGGGUCAUAAUAUGCACUCGAUAGGGGAGAAGCGGCCAUCCUCGGAGAUGAUGAAGCCCAAGCCCAAACCGCAGAAGAAGAAGAAAAAAAAGGACCCCAACGAGCCAUCGAAGCCCGUGUCGGCCUAUGCCCUCUUCUUCAGGGACACCCAGGCGGCCAUCAAGGGCUCAAACCCCAACGCCACGUUCGGGGAUGUGUCCAAGCUAGUGGCCUCCAUGUGGGACAGCCUGGGGGAGGAGGCAAAACAGGCGUACAAGAGGAAAACCGAAGCAGCCAAGAAAGAGUACCUGAAAGCCCUCGCCACGUACAGAGCCAGUCUCGUUUCCAAGCCCUACAAUGACCCUGUCGAACCAAAAAGCUCCCAAAGCAGCCAGCCCUCACACAUGCUGCCCCCCAAGCAGCCCCUGUACAGCGUGCCCCCGCAGGCCUCCUCCCCCUACGGUCUGGGCCCUGGCUCCUUCCCCUUGUCGGACCUGCAGAGCUUCGCCGGUCCGCCCCACCACGCCCUGGCCCGGACCCUUAGCCAAUCCCAGAUGCUGCCGCCCAGCAUGAGUGCCUCACCCCCCUCCCCCUUCCAGAUCAGCCCACCCCUCCACCCCUCCCAGCUCGCCCUGCACCAGAGUUCCCUGCGCAUGCAGCAGGUUCAGUCGCACUCAAUGGGGCUCCAGGGGUCUCUGCACUCACCUCCUCUCAGCCAACAGGGUUUCUCUCACAUUCAGGAUUACCAGAACAGUGUGGGGGGGUCCCAGUCCCCGGGGGCGCCCAACCCAGGGCAUGGACAGAACCCAGACUGGGACGGCGAGUACUGCAACCGGGACUGUGGGCCCAACCAUUGCAGCAGUGGCAUGGGAGCUCGGGACAAGCCUCUCUACCUCACUUGAAGCUGACGGACCUCCAAAAGUCAAGACUCCAGGGAGUUUACAAAUGUUCAUUAACAACAACGUCAAUGUAUCUUUCUCCUCCUUGUUUUUUUCUGAAGGAUUUUUAAAAUCCCAAAGACUGCUACUACUUCACAUAUUUGCCAAGCACUUAGACUGGACAGGAGCCUUGCUUCCUUUUUCCAUGAAUGUUCCAUUUUGUGGGGGGUUAAGCUUCAAGCUCACGUCAACAUACAGUACACGAAGACUAAAAAACGUCUCCUGCCUUUGUUUUGACAUUUUCAAAGUGUUUAAUUUCUCUCCUAUUUUGCUUUUCCUUUCGUCUUUCGUCCUCUCAGUUUUGCCAUGUACUGCCCACUUUCGGGAGAAACAAUACAGUAAGCAUAUUCAUUGUAGGGGUCUAGGUUAAGAUUCAGGACCCUAGAACCUAGUCACUUCACUAAGGGAGGAUACAACUAUUUCAGCAAAAAUAAAUAAAGCAAAAACACAAAGUGAAAUUAGAAAAAGACAACAUCCUUACGUCAACCCAGCUCCAAAUAAGAGCUUCCCCCCUUUUUUUUCAAAGUGAUUGUAAAUAUCUACCAAGAUGGAACCUGCCCCCCAAAGCCUAGAUGUGUGUAUCUAGCCACAAUCCCUUGCUUUUUUUUUUUUUUUUAAACAUUAUUUUGUUUGGUUAUGUGAUUUUUGUGCGUGCUGGAUUCAGUGAGGGAAUACACACACUAAAUCUUGUGUUAAAGCUCUGUUCACUGGUCUUGCUACUUUCUAGCCUGUCCUCAGGAUGUGACUGGACCGAAGAGGUCAAAGGUGAAACCUCUUCCUUAGUUUAAACCUCUCCUGGUCCAGCGGACAACACCCCCCUACUCCCCAGCACCACUUGUAUAGGUGAAAUAAAAAAAUGUUGCUAAAUGUGAAAUGUUACUAAAGAUAAAAGCAUAACAGUGGGUUUUAAAGUUUUUGACUAGUUUUAUUAGGUGUUUUAGAAAUUGUGUUGAAUUCUUCUUUACACUUUUUUGUGAAAAAAAUGUCAUUCUUAAAAAAAAAUGUUUUUCACUGUAGCACAAUUUCAGUUUAUAAGGAAUGGUCACUGGUAGAUAUUUCAUUUGUGUACAGACCUGCAAAAUGUACUUUUAAUUGUAAAGCCAGCGAUGAAAGAACCCAUUUAGUUUUGUUGAAUAACAUGUUUAUGGACGCAAUAUGGUCAUUCUAUUUAAUUCGAUUGACUGGUUUCACAUAUUUAUGAAUGAUAUGAAGUAACGUUUUGGCUUGUUUUCAUCAGGGUGCAUUAUUAUUAUUAUUAUUAUUAUUAUUAUUAAAUUCCAUGGUAAUUUGAAUAACUAUUAUUUGUACAUCACUUCUUGCUGGUGCAUUGGCUUUUUGCCAGCAUUUGGUUCAUUUUGUGUGGCGAUGCUUUUUUUUGUUUUCUUUUGUCAGUAAUAAAAUGUAAGUGGAAAAUAAA